CCCCAGAAUCUAGGGUUUUAUUUAGGGUUUAGCCAUGGCGGGGAUGAAGCGGAGGGGAGGAGCCGCACCCGGGAAAGAGAAGAGGGCGAGGAUGACACUGGAAGAUCAAAUUGAGAGCGAGACCGUGGUUUCGAGCAGGGCGAGGUCCAAGAAAUCCAAGAGCAAGCAAGAGAAUGACGAUUACGUGGAUGCUUCUAUGAGCGGCAGAAUUCUUAAAGAGGCAAGGAAACAAAUGAAAGAGAUCCAGAAAGAAGAGGAUGAGGAGGAUGAGCGCUCAAAAGCUGGCAAGGCUUUUGAGGCUCUAGAAAAGAAUGUGGCCGCCAACGAGAGUGACGAUGAGGAGGAUGAUAUCUUUGACAGCAAGAGCGAGUUUGAUCCAGCCGAAGGUCACGAGAUUUCGGAAGAAGAAGAACGCAUUCUUUCUAUGUUCAUGGCCAAGGACGCACCUCCGCAGCGUACGCUCACAGACAUGAUCAUGAGCAAAAUUCAAAACUGUAAUGCUACGCAGGACCUAUUGAAGGAUGAAGGAAGAACUGUUCCCGGGUUUGAUCAAAAGGUCAUCGACGUAUAUCGUGGCGUUGGGAAGCUUUUAAGCCGAUACACGGCCGGGAAGUUACCAAAAGCUUUCAAGAUUGUUACAGCUCUAGCCGAGUGGGAACAAGCUCUCUACUUGACAGAGCCUGAGAACUGGUCCCCAAACGCCGUGUACCAGGCAACUCGGCUUUUCGCUUCAAACUUAAACUCGCGGAUGGCUGCGCGGUUUUAUACACUGGUGCUGCUGCCUCGAAUUCGCGAAGACAUCCGGACCAACAAAAGACUUCAUUUUGCUCUCUACCAAGCACUCAAGAAAUCGGUCUACAAGCCCUCCGCGUUCUACAAAGGCAUCAUCUUUCCUCUCUGCUUGUCGCAAACUUGCAACUUGCGGGAAGCCGUGAUCGUCGGCAGUAUCAUUCAAAAGGUAUCAAUACCUGCGGGUCAUUCAAGUGUUGCGAUACUUAAAAUUGCCGAGAUGGAGUAUUCCGGUACAAAUAGCUAUUUUUUGAAGCUUCUGCUAGACAAGAAGUACUCGCUGCCUCACCGUGUCAUCGAUGCUGUGGUCUCUCAUUUCGUGAAGUUCACGGAAGAAGAGCGCCAGCUCCCUGUUAUAUGGCACCAAUGCCUGCUCACGUUUGUCCAGAGGUACAAGAACUCUUUAACCGAGGCCGAUAAGGGGAGCUUGAAGCGACUGAUGCGCCAUCAGAAGCAUUAUCUGGUCACGCCGGAGGUCCAAAGAGAACUCCAACACAGCCUGAAUCGCGGCCAAAAGGAAGAAGAUGUUCAGCAGCCGAUGAUGAUCGUUACUGGCGCCACGACUGAGGACGUCUGGGACUUGCCCAAGGUGGAAGUCGAAAUGGAAGAGUGAGAAAUGCCUCCCUCCACAAUAAACGAAUGAACCGCGAGCUGCGAUUUUGGUGCUUCUUGAUUAGUGAUUGAUCCAAUGCAGGACGGUGUGUAGUAUCUCCAUCCAUUUUAUGUCUCGUACUGUAAAAUGGUAGCUUCUUCCACCACUAUCCAACUCUUCCUUUCACCAUCAGCCUGUGGUGGCCUUGAGCAGCUCUGGGAAAAAGCGUAACUGUGAAAUGAGAAUGCGACCAGUUGUUUUCAUUC